GCUUCAGCGCUGCAGCCUCUGCGAUGUGCCGGGGACUGGAACUAGGCGGCUUCGGAGGCGGCGGCGGGGAUUGCUAGGAUUGGCCGGCGCCCGAUUGCGAGGAAGGCGGCACCGGUGGCAGUGGCUGCAGGGUGAUGGUGCCCGGCGGGCCAUGCUGCUGAAGCUCCUGCAGAGACAAACCUACACCUGCCUGUCCCACAGAUAUGGGCCCUGCCUUUGCCUUGGAGGCAUUGUCCUCCUGAUCGUCUCCGCCUUGCAGUUCGGCGAGGUUGUAUUGGAGUGGAGCCGGGACCAGUAUCAUGUCCUGUUUGACUCUUACAGGGAUAACGUGGCUGGGAAAUCAUUUCAGAACAGGCUUUGCUUACCUAUGCCUAUUGAUGUGGUGUAUACCUGGGUGAAUGGCACAGAUGUUGAACUGAUCAGGGAACUGCAACAGGUGAGGAAACAGAUGGAAGAAGAACAGAGAAUAAUAAGAGAAUUUCUUGGAAAGAAUGUCACUGAGCCAACAAAGAAAAGUGAGAAGCAACUGGAGUGUUUAUUGACACACUGCAUCAAAGUGCCAAUGCUUGUCUUGGACCCCGCUUUGCCGAACAACAUUACUCUUAAGGACCUGCCAUCUGUCUAUCCUCUGCUGCGAUCUGCCAACAAUAUAUUCUCUGUUGCAAAGCCAAAAAAUCCUUCCACCAAUGUGACGGUAGUUGUUUUUGACACUGCUAAAGAAGCCGAAGAUGCCCAUUCCCUGAUGAUCAAGGAGAAUAGCAAGCAAACAGCAUGGAGGGGAUAUUUGACUACUGAUAAAGAAGUUCCAGGUUUAGUGAUAAUGCAAGACUUGGUUUUCCUGAAAGGAUUUCCACUUACCUUUAAAGAGACAAAUCAGCUAAGAACAAAGCUGCCAGAAAUCCUUGCUUCCAAAAUAAAGCAGUUGCAGCUUUAUUCAGAAGCCAGCGUAGCACUCUUGCAACUGAUUGAUCCCAAGGUUUUCCAAGAUCUGAAUAAACAAGCAAAGAAGAAUAUGACUAUAGACGGGAAAGAACUGACACUUAAUCCUGCUUAUUUAUUGUGGGAUCUCAGUGCCAUCAGCCAGUCUAAACAGGAUGAAGAUAUUUCACCCAGCCGCUUUGAAGAUAAUGAAGAGUUGCGGUACUCGUUGCGAUCAAUAGAGAGGCAUGCCCCGUGGGUGCGACACAUCUUCAUAGUCACAAAUGGGCAGAUUCCUUCCUGGCUCAAUUUGGACAACCCUCGGGUUACUAUAGUAACACAUCAGGACGUAUUCCAGAAUUUGAGUCAUCUGCCUACUUUUAGUUCUCCUGCCAUUGAAAGCCAUAUUCACCACAUUAGAGGUCUAUCACAGAAGUUCAUUUAUUUAAACGAUGAUGUGAUGUUUGGGAAGGAUGUCUGGCCUGAUGAUUUCUAUAGUCACUCCAAAGGUCAAAAGGUUUAUUUGACUUGGCCUGUGCCCAACUGUGCUGAAGGAUGCCCUGGUUCAUGGAUUAAAGACGGUUAUUGUGAUAAAGCCUGUAACAAUUCUGCUUGUGAUUGGGAUGGAGGUGAUUGUAUUGGUAAUAGUGUGGGUAGCCGAUACGGUGCUGGUGGUGGAGCUGUUGGAGGUAUUGGGAAUGUCCCAUCCUGGCAAUUUGGUGCAGGAAUAAGUGGAGUUUCUUAUUGCAACCAAGGCUGUGCAAAUUCAUGGCUGGCUGACAAAUUCUGUGAUCAAGCAUGCAAUGUUCUCUCUUGUGGAUUUGAUGCUGGUGACUGUGGACAAGAUCACUUUGGUGAGCUGUACAAGGUAACUCUUCAAAAGAAUCAGACUCAUUAUAUCAUUCCAAAAGGUGAAUCUCUACCUUAUUUCAGCUUUGCUGGAAUAGCCAAGAAAGGACUGGAAGGUGCUUAUAGUGAUAACCCAAUAGUACGCCAUGCUUCUAUUGCUAACAAAUGGAAGACAAUCCACCUGCUAAUGCACAGUGGAAUGAAUGCAACUGUGAUUCAUUUUAAUCUUACGUUUCAAAGUAAAGAUGAAGAAAAAUUUAAGAUGCAGAUAACCUUAGAAGUUGAUACUAGGGAGGAGUCCAAAUUGAAUACAACUUCCACCCAGAAACCUGAAGAUGAUUUGAAAGCUACAACUUCAGUGCCAGAAGCUGAAAUGAUAUUUGAGGAUAUUCCUGAAGAAAGACGUUUCCCAAGCAUUAAAAAACGUGUCAACAGUACAUCCAAGUACUUAGAUGAAGAAAUGGUAAUUCAGACAGUUAAUGUGUCUGCACUUCCUGAAGAUAUAAAGUUAGCUCUGCAGAAUUUAGAAUUGCAGCUAAUAGUUGGCGACAUCACUCAGAAAGGUUAUAAUCGGUCCAAGGCUGCUCUCCUAAGAUCAUUCCAGAUGAUACCUUCAGAAACAAAGGCAGUGCUAAACGAUUUCCAGGAAACAAAGAAAAGGGGCGAAGGGCUGAAAAAUGUUGGAAAGACCAUGCUUUGGGAGAAACCUUUCCAAAAUGGCAAUGAAGGCAAAACAGUAGAUACAGAAAAAAUGCACAAUAUGUCUCCACCAGGAUUUGUACCAACAAGUAGCAUUCUUGUGGAAAUGAAGGUGACUAGUCAUUUCCCCCUAAGAUACAGCUCUGCAGUAAAACUGAAACCCACACCUGUAGUCAGGAAUGUCGAUAAAAAGCAUGGCUCUCAGGAGAAAACCCUGAAUGCCCUCAUGCAGAAAGAAAUGCAGGAAAGGAAAAUUGCACAAAGAAAGAGGAAAGAGGUAGAUGUUAAUCCAGCAUUUUCUGAGGAAGAUACCGCAGGAAGUCCAAGAAGAAAAUUACAAUAUUACACUGGAAAUUAUCAAGGCUUUUUGCCAUGGGAAAAACAUAAGUAUUUCCAAGACCUUCUUGAUGAAGAAGAAUCAUUAAAGAAGGAAAUUGCUUAUUUCACAGAUAGUAAACUUAUUGGAAGACAGCUGAAAGAUACAUUUGCUGAUUCCCUCAGAUAUGUAAAUAAACUUCUAAAUGGAAAAUUUGGAUUCACAUCUCGGAAAGUCCCUGCUCAUAUGCCUCAUAUGAUCGAUCGAAAAGUCAUGCAAGAACUACAAGAUCUAUUUCCUGAGGAAUUCGACAAGACCUCCUUUCAUAAAGUACGCCAUUCUGAAGAUAUGCAGUUUGCCUUUUCAUAUUUCUAUUAUCUCAUGAGUGCAGUUCAGCAACUAAAUAUUUCCCAAGUUUUUGAUGAAGUUGAUACAGAUCAGUCUGGAAUAUUAUCUGACCGGGAGAUUCGUACGUUGGCCACAAGAAUUCAUGAACUCCCUUUAAGUUUGCAGGAUUUGACAGGACUGGAGCAAAUGUUAAUAAAUUGUUCUAAAUCCCUUCCAGUAAAUAUAACUCAAAUUAAUAUCAUACCACCAACUCAAGAAGCAUAUUAUGAUCCCAAUCUGCCUCCAGUGACUAAAAAUCUGCUAAUGAAUUGUAAGCUUGUGACUGAUAGAAUUCGCAAAGCAUAUAAGGACAAAAACAAAUACAGGUUUGAAAUUAUGGGAGAAGAAGAAGUAGCAUUCAAAAUGAUCCGCACCAAUGUUUCCCAUGUGGUUGGACAGCUUGAUGACAUAAGGAAAAAUCCCAGAAAAUUUGUUUGUCUUAAUGACAACAUUGAUCACAAUCAUAAGGAUGCCCAGACUGUAAAGGCAGUUCUUAGGGAUUUUUAUGAAUCAAUGUUUCCCAUCCCAUCACAAUUUGAACUGCCAAGAGAAUAUCGGAACCGCUUUCUUCAUACACAGGAGCUUCAGGAAUGGAGAGUCUACAGAGAUAAGCUGAAAUUUUGGACACAUUGUGUAUUAGUAACAUUGAUUGUGUUCACAGUCACCUCAUUUUUUGCCGAACAGCUAAUAGCUCUCAAACGAAAAUUUUUUCCAAGGAGGAGGAUUCAGAAAGAAGUUUGUCAUGAACGAAUGAAAGUGUAAAAGAAUAUUUAUUUGUAAAUCAGUCUACCUCAACAUGUGAUGAGCAUGUAAAGACUUUAGUUUCAGAAGUGUAUUGAUAGUUAUGUCUUGGGCAUUUGCAGAAGGGCCCCCAUCCAUUAUUGUUGUGUUUCUGUGUGUGAUCCAUGCUACUGAAUUUAGAGAGGAAAAGUAAGUUUGUGAGGGAGAAAGGGUUGUGUUGCCAGCUUUCAAAAGUUUGUGACUCACAAGUGAUCUUCUGAAUGCUUUAUCCUUUUUAUAAAAAGGGUUACUGAAAAAUAGCUGCAUUUACUGCAGUAUCCAUUGCCAAUACUGGAAAGUUACGCUUCUAUUGGAUGUGUUCUAAGCUUCUGUCACAAGGCUCUUGGUGAACUAUUAACCAUUUGAUUACUUCUUUAGUUCUUUUAUUCUGUUCUUUGAAUCAGAAAAUAUAUAAAUUUGGGCUGUAAUUUUGCAUCCCACUAAUACAGAGAGUGGGAUAUGGGCUAGCGUACACUGAAAUCAUUACCACAAUUAUGCCAUGGUAUUCUCUGCUGCAGCCAGUUAGAUCAAUGGGAGGGUUUUUGGUACUAAUUUCUCUUCAGGUUCCUUAUCUAUAGAUUACUUUAGAAGAGCAGGAAGAAUGUGAUACAAAGCCUAAAAGAAAAUGAGCUUCCAGAUGCUUCUAUGAGCAUGCGAGUAAUCUUUAUAUUGGCAGCAUUGGGGUACAGCUGGAAUCCCCAUCAGGGUUAGAAUCCUACUGUUCUUCUAUGGGAGCUGCUGUGAAUCUUGCACUUCACUUCAAGCACAAAGGGGCAGAACUGCUGCUUUAGCUUCCCUCCCACCUACUCAUUGUAAAGUAUUUAUAUACUAAUGGGUUCAACUAUAGGAUAUUUUCUGAAUGAAAGAUUGGAAAUGUUAAUACCCUGUUGCUUUAUUUUCCGCUACUAGGUACAGAAAAAAUGAUACAUAAAUACUGUUCGAAUCUGUGAUGCCAUUGUAAUGCCUCUGUUGGUCAAAACCUAAAUUGCAGCUCAAUCUGCUUAAUUGCAUUUUUAGUAACAUUAAUAAUUGAAUGCCUAAUUAAAACUUAAGGUUAUCGUCAAGUAAAAGAGGCUUAGAUGUAACUGUUAUUUAUACGAACAUGUAUAUUUUAGCAGUAAAAAUGGAUUGUUACAUGUUGUCAUACAUUGUAUUGUUUUGUAAGUGUAUUAGCAUGAUACAGAGUAAUUUCUCAUAUCAUGUUUUUAGAAAAUUGGGAUUUGUUCUGUGAUCUGCUUUCUUUAUCAAUAAUUUUCCAAAAUCAUGUACAGAAAAAAGGACAAUUUAAAAAAGAUAUUUUGAAAGGAUUAUCUUCAGUCAUGAUAACUUUACUACAGUUUAGAUUACAUCAAUCAUUUUAUAAUGAAGAUAAAAGAUUUUCAUUGUAUGUAUGCUGUAAAAUAUAUGUUUUCUUUUAAUAUAUAGUGUCACUGAUUUAAAAUGUUACCUGGCAGGUAUGUUAAAGAAUGAUCAAAUAUUUAAUGUUCUGAAAAAAUGUUAAAUAUUUCCAAAUAAAAAAGGCACCUUAUUCUUUAUCCAGAAAGACAGACGAUUAAUUUUAAAUACAAUAAAUUUCUUUCAGCUUCUGUAA